AUGAACAUCGCAAGAAACAUGAAAAAUUGGUCUCUUCUUCUUCUUUGUUCAGAAAAAGUCCACGAAGCAAAGAGAAACGAAAUCGGAAAAGAAAAACAAAUGAUCAAAAUUCUCCACGGCCGGAAUUACGGACAUUUGCGAACUCAAAAUCCACAAUUCAACUUCAAGUUCCACUUUGUAUCCGCCUUCAAUCACCGUGCUGGAAGAAAGUCUCCUAAUUUCAUCACUGAAAUUGCAAGAGUACUUUCAUCUUAUCCCCAUCCAGCAGAGUGGACAAUAAUCCUUCCAAAAUACCAACAAAACAUUGGCAAUCCGAACUGGCUCGAUCACCUGACUGGAUUGGAAGGCAACUAUUUAGUCUGCGCAAAAGAAGGAAAACUUGCGGUGGGGAGUGAUCAAGAAUACAGCUUGGUUUUCGUUAUUGGAGCGAAGGGACUUUCGGACUCUUCUGGGGAGCUAAAAGCCGAAAUUGAACUCAACGACGACUUCCUGAUCGCCCUCUUCGAAGAUAGCUAUGAAAGCUUGCCCCACAAAACUUUUGCGACUCUGCAAUAUUUGACGGGCGUCUGCAAAGACAAAUUCGAGUACUUGCUCUUCAUCGACGACGAUACCCUUCUGGACCUGGAGCGGAUUUCUCAAUUUCUUCUUUCUUCUGAUUCCAGCUCGCCUUUCAUCCGCUGCCUGCCUGGCAACUAUCUAUCUCUGGACGCAGCUCCCUACACUGGAAAAUACUUUCUUUUCCCGGAAAUGUGGCCGGUCGACUACAAACCGCCGAAAUACUGCAACGGACAAUGCUCGCUCUGGUCCAAAACAGCUGUAACACGCGUUUUCAAGGAAGCUCUGCGGACCGACAGACGAGAAUUUAGACUAGAAGACUUCUUCUUCAGCGGAAUUCUGCGCGAAAAAGCGCGAGUUCAUAAUGUCAAGGGGCUCAAAUACACGAACAAAGACGGAGUUUCCGCUGGCUUGUGUCGACAUUUCCCUAAAAAUGGAUUGGCAGACUUUAUAAGCAAGAAUUUCGAAGAUGAUGGCAAUAAAACGAGAAAACUGAAAAUAAAGGACGUCAAUUUUCUGGAUAAUGUCUUUCUGGAUGCUUUUUAA